UCUGAAGAUGUCUAAAUCCCGCUCACCGAGCGAAGAAAGACAAGCGCGUUUGCAACUACUAGAUAGUAGCUCCUUACACCUCAAAUGCUACAUAGAUAUAGAAAUUAUCAUCUGUAUUUCUGCAACUCUGUUUUCUUUGAUGAACUUGCCUGUUUUCAUGGAUUCACCAUCAAUCUCCAUGGAAGCUAGGAAGCUGUUCAUCCUUCUCCUCCUCCUCCUUCAUUUUUCUUCUGUUGCAGUAAGUUCUAACAUCAUCCGUUGCCCUGAAACUGAAAAAGAUGCACUUCUUAAGUUCAAACAAGGAAUCACAAAUCCUUCAAACCUGCUUUCCUCAUGGACUACUGAACAAGAUUGCUGCAAAUGGGAGGGUGUUGAAUGCGACAACACAACUGGGCAUGUCACUACUCUUGAUCUUCACAGCAGAAGUAAAGCAAACUCCUUGCGAGGUGAGCUAAGAAAUUCAUUGCUUGGUUUGUCAUAUUUGAGACAUCUAGACCUUAGCCACAAUGACUUUUUCUAUAGUCAAAUUCCUGAUUUCAUUGGCUCUUUCAAAAACUUAGAGUACUUGAAUCUUUCUAGUGCCAACUUUAGAGGGAUAGUGCCUGAUCAUCUUGGAAAUCUUUCGUGCCUUCAGUACCUUGAUCUGAGUGGUUCUGGUGGCAAUCUAAGAGUAAACAACCAUGACUGGCUAAGCCAACUAUCCUCUCUGAAAGUUAUUGACUUGAGUUGGGUAGACCUCAGAAGUUGGAAUAGUUGGCUUGAUGCAAUCAACAUGCAACAAUCUCUCAAGAAGUUAAAUCUAUCUGCCUGCUAUCUUUACUCUAUUCAUAUUCCCCCUACACUGCCUUUUCUUAACUUCACUUCUCUGCAAAUUCUUGAUCUCUCACAUAACCCUUUUGGGUCUUUAAUACCAAGUUGGGUAUUCAACCUCAGCAGUCUUGCUACUCUGAACCUAAAAAACAGUGAGAUCCAAGGUUCAAUUCCAGAGACUUUCCAGACCAUGACCUCACUCACAGUAAUUGAUCUCUCAGAAAACGAUCUCACAGGUGAGUUACCGUCAGCACUGCCAUCACUUUUGAAAGAAGUGCACUUCUCUCGUAACCGCCUAAAUGGUUCUUUAACCAAAAACAUCAUGCACCUUAAGCAUCUAGUAGUUUUGGAUGUUGCUCGGAAUUCUUUGAACGACACACUUACUCAAGAGUCACUCAACUUCAGUGAUUUGAAGGAAUUGGGUUUAUCUUAUAACUCAAUUGUCCUGAAGAUUAGCCAAAGUUGGAUUCCCUCUUUCCAACUUGAUGUUAUAGCCCUACGAUCUUGUCAACUAGGGCAUAGCUUCCCAAGUUGGCUUAGGACACAGAAAACCAUAUCCUCCAUUGAUAUCUCUGAUGCUGGCAUUUCAGACAAGGUACCUGACUGGUUUUGGGACCUCUCUCCAGCAAUGGAGCAUAUGGAUCUUUCUUUCAACCAACUUAGAGGUGAAGUGCCAGAUUUGUCAAGAUUAAGUCUCUUGGUAGUAGACUUGAGUGGCAACAAUUUCCAAGGUCCUGUGCCACAUUUUUCCUCAAUGAUGAAAGUUUUUAUUCUAACAAAUAAUUCUUUCAGUGGCACUGUUUCCCCUGUAUGUGAAUCGCUGGUUUAUAAUAAUUCUCUAAGGUUCCUAGAUUUAUCAUCAAACAAUCUAUCAGGACCACUCCCUGACUGCUGGGUAAAUGGGACAGAGCUGAUUGUCUUGAAUUUGGGUAGUAACUUCCUCUUUGGAGAAAUACCUCAAUCACUUGGAAAUCUGCUUAAUCUCAAGAUGUUAUUAUUGGAUCACAACAAUUUCUUGGGAGAGCUGCCUUCAUCAUUGCAGAACUUGAGAAGGUUGACUCUUUUUGAUGUUGGUUCAAAUAAUCUAACUGGAAGUAUACUAGUAUGGAUUGGGGAAUUUUGCAUAGAACUGAUUAUUCUUGUUUUACGGGGAAACCAGUUUAGUGGAGCCAUCCCUCCUCAACUUUGCAGACUUGAGUACCUAAUGGUUUUGGACCUUAGUAACAAUGCAUUGACAGGAACAAUUCCAAGGUGUGUCAAUAAAUUUCUCAUUAUGGCUGGGGUUGAAGGCGUCCCCUCCUUCAUUUUUGAUCAAUAUACAGCAUAUGAGAAGGUUCUAGUAGAGACCAUCAUAAUCACAAUUUUUGGUGAAUAUAACAGGUGAGAUUCCAGGGGAACUUGGCAGUCUUGUUCAGUUGAUAACAUUGGAUUUGUCGGCAAACAAUCUAACAGGACCUAUACCUCCUGGCAUCAGUGUCUUGAAAGCACUGGAACUUCUUGAUUUGUCCAGGAAUAAC